AUGUCUACCUCAUCCCCAUUCUCGUCAUUGUUCGUCUCACCAGCCGAAUUGCACAAUACCUUGUCGGGCUCUUCAAGCGCUUUUCGGGUGAUUCCGCUUGUUGCGGGGAGAACCUCGUCUAUGCAAUCCUUUGAGUCUCAACAUAUACCUGGUUCUAUAUUCUUCAACAUGGAUAUCAUCAGAGAUACCAACUCCAAGUAUCCAAUGAUGCUGCCCACCCCAUCCCAAUUCGCCAAAUACAUGACAGAACUCCAAAUCACUCCCAGCGACGUCCUCGUCAUCUAUGACCCGAUGGAACCGGGAUUCUACUCUUCUCCGCGCGUUGCAUGGACGUGUCAGUAUUUCGGGCAUAAAGCCGUUCACGUUUUGAAUACUUUUCCUCGUUACGCUGAAGAGGGAUUCCCCGUUGUAACGGGUAAGGUGUCAAUGCCUGCUAGCGCUACGACGGAGGAGACAUAUCCUGAGCAGGCUGUGUCUGACUCGAAACAUGUCAUUUCCUUUGAAGAACUACGCGAUAUCAUCGCAGACCCGGACCAAACGGAUGUCCAAAUCAUCGAUUCCAGACCCAGUGCCCGUUUCUCUGGGGCCCCCGAUACCGAGCCAUCGGCCCUGCCGGUGGGCCAUAUCCCGUCCGCUAUCAAUGUGCCUUUCGCUUCUUUGUUGGGAUCAGAUAAAAAGGUACUACCGCCGGCGGAGCUGGCGAAGCUUUUUGGGAAGGCUGGCGUGAAGCAGGAUGUGCCGACUGUGUUAUAUUGUAACACGGGUGUUACGGCGUCGGGGUUGGAUUUGGCGUUGAGUGCGUGUGGUUUUGAUAUUAAGACGAGGCUUUAUGAUGGGAGUUGGAGUGAGUGGAUUAAGAGGGCUGAUAAGGAGGGUAUGAUGGUGACUGAGUGA